UUCUGAUCUGGUUGUCCAAAAUCCAAAUUCACCAAUGCAUAAACUUCCCUCCAAAAUUAAAAUCUCCCUCCAAGCGGCAUCAUAAACCCUAUCCCGCAUUCCUUCUUCCAUUUUUUGGAUCGUGUUCAUUCCAAAGAGAAACAAUGUCGAAUCAUGAAGACCUCGAUCUCCUCCUAUCGCUUCAAGAUAGGGUUUUGGAAACACCCCCUGCUUCUCCCUCAUCUCACUCUACUGGUUAUCUUUCCGAUGAAGGCCCCCCUAAGAGAGUGGGGCAGACGGACAUGUCUGUCUUCCGAGAUGCCGUUCAGGACUGUAUAGAUUACGAUUCUGAGAUUGCUAAGAAAGAGCUAAAAUCUAAACCCAAAGUUUCCAAUUCCUCCAAAGAUCCAGAGGUGGAAAGGUUUUCCGGUUUGCGGAUCCGGAACCAAUUAGUCUCCCCUGUGGAGCUCAGCAACCGUUUGUCUGACAUCCGAUUUGUUCGGUUACCUGCAAUAAAGAAUUUGCUUUCUGGAGAUACACUUUCGGGGUGUUGGGCAACAAUUGGAGUGUUAACUGAGAUUGGGAAACCAAGGACUAGCUCUACUGGAAAGCCGUAUGCAAUAUGGAAAAUGGGGAGCUUGGAUGAAAAGACUGUUUCAGUUUUUUUGUUUGGUGAUGUUUAUAAGAGACAUAACAAUGAGAAGCCUGGGGAAGUGUUUGCACUUUUCAAAUGCAGUGUCCGCAAGGAUAAUUCGGAGGGUGGCUUUAGUUUGAGCUUAUUUUCAGUAAGUAACAUCUUAAAGAUUGGCACAUCUGCUGACUAUGGGAUUUGCAAGGGGAAAAGGAAGGAUGGACUGGCCUGCACACUAUUCAUUAAUAAACGGAAUGGAGCAUAUUGCAGCUACCACCGACAGAAAACAUCCGAAAAGUACACUGUCACCAGGAAUGAACUUAAGGGGGGGAACUUAAGGACCGCUUUUAGGCGUGAUCUCAAGUCCGAAGGAAUAUAUAUGGUUAACCCUUCAGCAGACAUAACGAACCCCACAAAGAACAAAGCACCGGUGAAAUUAUAUUCCACAGACCAAUUAAAGAAGGCAUUGAGCAAUGCAGGAAAAGUAACUACAAAUGCAUACUCUCAGGGAAUUCGGUUCCUUAACAAAAUUGCAGAACAAUCAAAAAGCUCCAAAGACUUCAAUAUUUCAAAAAGUUCUAUUGCCCAGAACCAAAAAACAAGCAAGCCAGAAGAAAGGAUACCAUCAAAUAAGAGAAAAAAUGCAACUCAAGUUGCGACAGGUCAAGAAGUACAAGACAAGAGAAGAAAACCAGAUGAGGUGAAAAGUAAAGUAAAAGAGGAGCAGGUGAAAAAGAAAAUGAUAGAACUGUACGCUGUUAGCUCAGAUGAUGAACUCUAGAAUUCCCAGUUUUUGGUCUGGGAAAUGAGAAUUCAGUUUCUGAAUGAUAUGUAAUAUUUAAAUCGAAUGACUAGUGUUAUGUGUAAACCUCAUAGCCAAGUGUUGGACAUAACAUUGAGUCUAGGAUCACAGGGUUCAGAUUUUAUAGAGUUUUUAGUUUUUAUUUUAUUUUGUAAAACUCGUCACUUUUCUUAUCCAUAAUGAGCAGAGGAAUGAUUCGGUGAUCAGUAUUACACAUAAUCACC